UUCGCUAACAUUCGGUCCGCUGCCACAUCCUGUUCACGGUUCGCCUGAGUCUACUUUUGAUGUUAGUGAGUAGAGCACGUCUGUAGCCGACAUGAGCAAUCCUAAAGUGUUUUUUGACAUCGCCAUCGAUGGGCGAAGUGCAGGAAGGAUUGUGAUUGAGUUGAGAGCUGAUGUGGUCCCCAAGACUGCUGAGAACUUCAGAGUCCUGUGCACCGGAGACAAGGGUUUUGGCUACAAGGGUUCUGGCUUCCACCGUGUCAUCCCAGGUUUCAUGUGCCAGGGUGGCGAUUUCACGAAUCACAACGGAACCGGUGGAAAGUCCAUCUACGGCAACAAGUUUGCAGAUGAGAACUUCACUCUGAAGCACACGGGACCUGGCAUUAUGUCUAUGGCUAAUGCAGGACCCAACACCAAUGGCUCACAGUUCUUCAUCUGCACUGAGAAAACCAGCUGGCUGGAUGGCAAGCAUGUCGUGUUCGGGAGUGUCGUUGAAGGCAUGGGCGUCGUCAGGGAAGUCGAAAAAAAAGGAAGCAGCAGCGGCAAGUGCUCUGCCAAGAUAGUCAUCGCUGACUGCGGCCAACUUUAAAUACCGCUUCCACUCAACACCUAGCCUCAGUCUUGUGCAUUCCUAUCCCUUCAUUGAAUUUCCUUAUUCUUAUUGAAACACUUGUUACACAAAACAUGGCAAUGCUAGAUGAAUCAUAAAUAGAACAUUUUGUUUAACAAAAUAUUAAAGGUGGAACAAAGAACCCUUUUGAUCUGUUUGUUUUAUGAUUGCCUCUGACAUGGAGGCUCGUUUGUUUGUUUGGUUGGUUGGUUUGUUUAUCAAGUAUCAAGCUCUUCAAACCACAGUAUCAUUCUUUAGAAAUUUCUAGGACCAAAGUGGUUAUUAAAUUGUAUUUGAUUUUGGAAAUGGUGCUCCAACAGGCAGUGUAACAGCACUAGAAUUAAAAAAAAAAAUCAUCCAUAUUUGUAGUGGGAAGUUUUAAACAAAACUACAUUUUGGAAGCUUAGAGUUAGGGGUUGAAGGAACUAAAAGCUGUAAUUAAGGGAAAAGGAAAUCAAAGUAUGUUCACUGUAUUCCCUUUGAGAGGAAAAUAAAAAAAACUAUUCAGAA